AAGUGUCACAUGACUGUUGUGUUGUGAUAGGAAAUGUCAAGCCUCCUUAACUAAUAUUCAUUUAUAUAGUAUUUACAACCAAGUUCAUGCUCAUAUGAUGUUGCGUUUGGGUGUGUUUAUGUCCUGAUUCAAUUUAAAAGAUUUUCUUUCUUUAAAAUUACUUGACCGUGAAUACUUUAUAAACUUGUCUGUCACUUUACAAACUACUUUUAUUACAUUACAUGGUCACGGUGUGAGUGUGAGACACAGCAUGAUCUAAUCUGUGACAAAACAAUCAGUAUCAGUCAGAUCUGAAUCUGAGUUGAGCCUGACGGCGCGGGUCAUUCACAAAAUCAGUGAAUGAUUCAGUUAACACAAUCAGAAACACAUUAACUACAUACCAUGCAUGUCACAUAGUCAUAAUUCACAAUAUCAUACUUUUACUUUACAAUUUUACAAAAAAAGACAAAAUAAAAAAACAUAAUUUCUCAAAGUUUAAUUUUAUAUUUAAGUCUUUUAAUUUAGUUUAAGUAAGUUAAAAUAGGGGCCUGCCCACUAAAUUAUUUUAUUAAAAAUCCUUGAAAUUGAAAGAGUAUACUCCAGUUUUUCUACUUCUUUUUGUACGCCUAUACUCCCGGCCUGCACAACAUAUGGCCUGCGGGCCGCAUGCGCCUGCUAGCACCCACUUUGCGGCCUGCGAAAUAACGAAAAAUUCUUUAUUAUUAUUUCCUUAAUAGCUUCCCCCCUGUUCUAUUUCCUUUUGGCUCACUCAAGUUUUUCAUAAAGUAUUAUGGCCUGCCUUACAUUUGCCUAUACUUUAUACCAGUAGUUCCCAACAUAUAUAACUCAAAGAACCCAUUUUAAUUAGAAUGUAUGGGGGAGCCCCUUAGGCUUAGGUCUAUGCCCUAUGUAUGGAUUACAAGUUUUAUUCAAUUUGUGUUUAUUUUAUUUACUGGAGCCCCUCAGAAGUGCAUUCAAAGCUCUAAGGGCUCUGAGGAGAAACAGGUUGGGAACAACUGCUAUAAACUCUAUAUAAUUCCAUAAAAUAAAUUUAUUAGCUUAUUACAUACGCCUUAAUUGGAUUUUAUUUUGAAAAUUUAUUUUAAAAAUGUUUUAGUGAGUGAAAAAUGGGGAAAAUUUUACCUUUUAUAAAAUAUAUUCAUUAUAUUUUUUUUCACAUAAUUUGAUCUUUGAACAAACUUACAUGCAAAGAACAAACUUACAUGCAAACAAAUUUGGGUUUGAACAAACAUCUGUCUCACAAUAUUCAAUUGAAUAAUUUUCUUUCGUACACAUUUCCAGUAAUCAUAUUGAAUGAGAUGACUUGUCAGCCCUGUGCCAUUUUUUAUGUUUCUGAUAUUUAAGAACUACUGCCACAAAACUGCCACAUUUGGUCUUUGACAAUAUUUGACUGAUUUUUAAAAAAUAAAUAAAUGCAACUCUUGAUUCAGAAACAUAUGUUUUUACUACUACUACUAAUAGAAAAAUCUUAAGAAAUGAAUUAUUUAAUUAUGUUAUUUAAUUUCUCCUUGUAAUUUCUCAACUUUAUAUUUUCUUUGUAGUACAUUGUUAUAAUAACACAUUAGUCUGCAUAUUCCUUAAUUAAUACAUUGCUUUUUGAAUGUAAAAAUGACUGUUUAAAUAUAGCAUUGUUGUUUGUGAACAAAAAAGUCCAUAUUUCGUUGGUUUUUAUGCAUAAUGAACAAACAUAUACUGUAUUUAUUGGCGUAUAACACACUUUUUCUCCCCGAAAAUAAGGGGCAAAUCGUGUGUACGUGUUAUACGCCGAUAUAAUGUUUAGUUUUUUUCCUGAAAUUUCCUUCUUAAAUUGAGGUACGUGUUAUACGUGGGGGUGUGUUAUACGCCAAUAAAUAUGGUAAUUAACAACCUCUAGGAACAGAACUCAUUUGUAAAUCAAAAACUGCCUGUAAUGCAUGUCAAUACAUUUAUUCAUAAUAGGAAAUACAAAUAUUCUUUUUAAAAAAUUUAAAAUGUGCAUAUUGAAGAUGUAUUUUGUGAUAAUGAUUAUUAGUUUGAUCAAGCUGAAUAUUAUUUAUCUGUUUGUCCUAUAUAAAGGGUAGAUUUGGCAAAUACCCAGUAUAAAAAUAAAAUAUUUAUUUAAAAAUAAUUACUUGAUAACAGUGUUUCUCCUCUAAAUUGCUUUAACCUAUUUUCUAACAAUUUCAGAUCUUUUGCAGUUAAGUUUCGGCUUGAUUAUAUUUGCAACUGGUAUAUCAUCAGUAAGACAGGUACCGGUACCCAUCCUUCCUCGCCUUUGCCCACAAGGUAUUCCUGAUAGGAAAAUUAAUACUGCUCAUCUCACUAUUGUCAAUGAUGAUGCACAAUCAAGUACUCUAGUUGUUUACCUUCAAUCGGAACAAUGCUAUAAGGUAAUAAACUAAUGGUGAUCCUAAUUGUUUUUAAACAUUGAUCCUGUUAUGUAUUAUAUUUCAAAUCAUUAGGUUUUAACUAAUAAAAUUAAAUUCAAUGCUAAUGAGCUGUUUCCAAAUAACCAGAGACAUGUCUCAUAAAAUAAAACACCCAGGCAUUUUAUAAAAAGGAGAAUAAUUACCUUUUAACAAAAAAAAUUAAAAGUAUUUAAAAAAAUUUAUCAUGGAUUUGCUGUUUAAUUAAAUUUUUUUAUAAAUUAUGUUUCUAUGUGUAAUGCAUAGCCGCUUGAGGAACUGACUAAAAAAUUAUUACCUUUCAGGCAUUAAAUGUUGUACCAAAUGCAUGAAAAGAUAAAAGCUUUAACAACUAAACGGAUAAAAAUGGUUAUUUAAAAGUGAAGAUUUUAAUUAGCUAGAAAUUUUUUUAACGUAAAUCUGUCAAGUUAUAAAAUAUAAAUAUGUUUCCAAAGCCUUAGGUUGGUAUUUAAUCUAGAACCUUGUUUGAAAAUGAUACAUAGUGCAGAGUUUUUAAAAAAUUUUAAAACUAAAAUUUUAAAAACUAUUUUUUUUUUGCUCUAUUAAUUGCAGUGUGACUUGAUUCCGACUGUGUUAGUGACUAGCAACUGCACACUAAAUGUGGACUCAAGAUGGCCGAUGAGAGUUGAAAUAAGAGUCCUCAAUGAAAGCGGAACAGUUAUUACAGCAUCACCAAACUGCAGGUUGGCAGAAACUCUUGUGUCUAAUUUAGGGCAAUAAUCAAUUUUUUUUUUGUUAGUCCAAGUGUCGCAUUCAUAAAUACUGUAAUAUAAUUAGACUUCUUUGAUCCAGACUUAAAAUAAUCAAACUGCAGGUUGGCAGAAAACUCUUGUGUUUUAUUUAGGGCAAUAAUCAAAUUUUUUUUUUUGUUAGUCUAAGUAUCGCAUUCAUAAAUACUGUAAUAUAAUUAGACUUCUUUGAUCCAGACUUAAAAUAAUCAAACUGCAGGUUGGCAGAAAACUCUUGUGUUUUAUUUAGGGCAAUAAUCAAUUUUUUUUUUGUUAGUCAAGUGUCGCAUUCAUAAAUACUGUAAUAUAAUUAGACUUCUUUGAUCCAAACUUAAAAUAAUCAAUUGCCGAUUCAGUAGAGAAAGGGCACCAUAGAUGGGUGUGUUGAUCCUCCCCAUUAUUUUUGUACAUAUAUCAUUCUUUCUUAAAUUGUUAGGACAAGUUUGGUACACUACAAGCCUAUCUUUCCAUGUUAAAAUUUAUUACAGUUAUUAUAAUCUUACAACUAGGAGAGAGAAAAACACUUUAAAUACUUUUAAAUACAUUUUUGAAAAAUUUUAAAGUUUUAAAAAUAAAUUAUUCUCAUGUUUAAGAAAAAAACAAAGGGAAAUAUAGCAUCAGUAACAAUCUGGUUUGCUCAAGAGAACUAACAGGAUGCCUAAAAUAUUGUGCUGUAAUGGUUGGCAUAACUUAAAAUUUAACAGAUACAAAUUUAACACCAAAUAUAAAUAACUCUUUGAAACUAUGGGUUUACAGUUUUAAGUAAAAAAUUAUAGGUCUUAUCAAUUUGACAUUCAAUGAAAAGUAAAUGUUGUUGUGUUAAAGAAAUGUGCCUGUCUUUUUUAAAAUUAUAGUGAAAAAGCUUUGACCAUGCUUUAUGUUGAAGGAGGAAAGUAUAAUAUUUAUAUCUCCAUGGAUUUGGUGGACAACACUAUUAACUGUGUACCAACCAUGAGUGAAACAGGAGAUCCCCAUAUUCGUAAGAAAAUAUUUAUAGCUCCUCAUUUUCUCCAGAUAUGUCUACAGUUUUUUAAGAGUUUGCAUUUUAAAAAAUUUAAUUAUUUUUUGACUUAAAAUUUGAUUAAUAUGCCUGGAUAAUUGUAUGAUAAAAAGCAUCCAUUUUUGGUUUGAUUUAAAAUCUGAAAUAAUUUUUCUGCUGACUCCAUAACAUAACAAAAGACAAGUCAAAUUUUAUGUUUUGUGUAUUUAUUCGGCAGCAAUUUAUAUUGCCCUGGGUGCCUGCCUGUUUCUAAUCAUUCUCUGGAAUUUAGGCCAAUAUAUGUACAGGUAAAGGACAUUUUUAAGCUAACAAUAUGUUAAUUAGUAAAGUAAACUUGCCAAUAACUCCUAUUUCCAUCUUGUGGCACAUUCCAAACUAAUCUGAAGCAAUGAAAAAAACACUCAUUUGUCUUUCGUAUGGAAUACUUAUAAAUGACGAACUGUGAUUUAAUUGCUCAACAUUUUUUUUUUAUACUCCAGUAAAGGCUACAUACAUAGAAUCCUUUGCUUCUGGAGCACAGAGAGUAUGAUGUCGGUAAGUGAAAUAAGGGAAGAUUCUUUUAUAGAUCCAGUUAAAUGGAAAUGUGGAAAUAUUGACUUUAAGAGUAAUUAUUUGAUUGGGGGCAGGGGGGGCUGGUUGUCAAAUUCAUCUAUAUAUUUUGGUUUGACUAAGUGACAGUUUACACGAUCAAAUUUUUAUCAUGCAUUUGAUGCGAUUUUUAUAUGAAGCCUUUUCACAACUUUCAAAUUACUGUUUGAUCGAAUUCCCAUUUUUUUCCAAAAGAAGAAAUCAUGCACAAAAUAGUGCGUUCUUACAAAAAUGUGACAUGAAUUUGAAGCUAAUUUGAUCGUGUGAACUGAUGCUUAUAGGGAAAGAAUUCACCCUAAUCAACUGAUCUAAGUAACUGAUUAAGAGAGUGGGAUGUUGUACCCUCCUAAAUUUUUUUAAUUUUACAAAUGCAUUUUGCUUUAAAUAAUUAUUCAAGCAAUGGUAGUUUUUUUGUGUGUGAUAUUACUCUUUUUACACUUAAACUUUCUUGAUAAGUCUAUAUGUUUGAUAAGAAAGGAUGAAUUCCAACACCAGCAGGUAAUAGUGAAGCUCAAAAGGUUUCCAUCUGCUGCACUAUAAAAUGUUCUUAUAUUGUUGACACCGAAAUUAUAUAAUUUUAAAAAAUUAUACCAAUAUUUUAUUUCUCUAGUUAAUGAUAUUGGGCCAUUCACCUUGGCAUAGUGUGGGUGGUUUGUUUAAAAAUUCAGAAGACUCACUUGAAUAUUUGAAUUAACAUUCAACAGUUAAAGAUUUUAAUCAUCAGGUGUGGCUGGAUAGUGUUAAACAUUGAUUAAAUGAUCAAUAAUUCUAAUUCAUUAACUGUGUGUCUGUCUUAGUCUUCGAGAAAUAAAAAUGUAAACAAAAGUGGGAAAAAUGAAGUUGCUCAGUGAAGUAUUUAUUCAGUGAACUUAAGUUAAUAUUAAAGGGUUUAUUUUCAAGAGGUUAUUUACAAAAUAUAGAAUCACAUAUUAAAAAUUAAAUUUUUUAUUUUGAGAAUUAAACAACUACAUGAAGUUGAUAGUAUUGAAAAUGGCAACCCCCCCCCCCCCCCACCACCAUCUACUGUAGUAUAGUUAUAGUCAAUGGGCUACAAUAAAGAGUCUGGUUAGAGAGUUCUUUUCCAAAAUUAAAAUUGUGCAAGCCAACAUACAACCUUAAAAGUAAAUUGACUUUAUGUUCUCUCUGCCAGGACCUAGGUACUCCAACCAAUAUCAAUCAAAUUGAUGAUGCUUCGGCCACGGGUCAACAACCUCGGGUUGCUGUUAAAGAAAGAUUGAAGUCUUUGGACACAUUUAGAGGGUAAGAAAUUAGUUAGAGAACUCAAAUUAUCUGGACAUAUUUAAAGGGUCAGAAAUUAGCCUUACAGACUGCAUCUUUCGGUAAUGGCAAAAAGAAACCUACAAUUUCAACACUCAUUUCAUGUGGAACUCUGGCCAGAUAUAUUGGGCACUUUGCCUCAACAGAUUUAUUGAUGCAUGCUCCCUCAUAAGGCAUCAUAAGCGAGAAUAUAAAGCUGAAUAAAAUAUUUUAGAAAUGUGCUGAAUGUAAAAUUGAACUUCUAAGGGCAAAGAUCAGGGAACCACAUUUUUUGUUUUGUUAACAUUCAAAUUUUUUUCAACAAAACAGAAUUUCUAUUCUCCUCAUGAUAUUUGUAAAUUACGGAGGAGGAAAGUAUUGGUUCUUCAAGCAUUCCAAAUGGAAUGGCCUGACAGUGGCUGAUUUAGUCUUCCCUUGGUGAGCUUCCCUGGCCAUGUAGUUUAUGGCUUAAGCUUGCAUGUAGAAAUUUACUUUUGUUUGCUCACAUUUUUUUUGUUUAUUAGCCUAGACGCUAUUUGUAAACUUACUAACUUCUUGUUUGGUAAAUCUUGUAGAGAUUUUUUUAGCCUUGCAACUGUUUCAUAUUUAAUAACCACACAUAUUUUUAUUUAUUUUAUUUAAACACUCCCAACAAUUAAUUUUCCUUUUUUUUUUUUUUUCAAUUUUUAAUAAACUGAGUUUUUUCAAAUGUAACAAUUCUUACACUUCAUGAUCACCUCUGUUAGAUUUUCUUGGCAAUGGUCAUUUGGUGGAACUUGUUUUUUUUUUUUUUUUUUUUUUUUUUUUUUUUUUUUUUAUUUUUUUUUUUUUUUUUUUUUUUUUUUUUUUUUUUUUUUUUUUUUUUUUUUUUUUUUUUUUUUCAAUUUUGAAUAAACUGAGUUGUUUCAAAUGUAACAAUUCUUACACUUCAUGAUCACCUCUGUUAGAUUUUCUUGGCAAUGGUCAUUUGGUGGAACCAUCCUGCUCUAAAUAUAUAUAAAAACGAAUCUGAGCGUUUGGCAUGGAAUAAGUCUUUAGUGCUUCCUUUGAAUAACAAUAACUAUGACUUCUUAGCUGAAUUUUGUUACUUUCUAAAAUAUUAACUAAUUACUAAUAUUCUAUAAAAUAGUAAUAUAAAUGAUUAUAAAUCACAAUUAUUGCAAGACAUGAAGUCAAAAAAAAAAAUGUUUUACUGCAUUUCCCAAAGCAAUUGAUGUCAUUUACAUUUCAUAUUCCCAUAAGCAAUUGCCUGUUGCAUGUAAAAUCAUUUCUUUCCUUCCAUUUAUACUGGAUAUGGUUUCUUUUCACUUUAUAAGUUUUUAAAAUCAAAAUUCAAAAUAUGGGUUUUUAAUUGUGUAAUUUAACUUCAUUGGUAGUGAUAUUAUUUGUAUUUGCUCUUGAAGCUUUUUAUACAGAAAUGAUCUUGUUCGUAUUUGCAUGCUUGUGCGCUUGCUAUUAUGUUUGUGUUGUUGUGUGUCCUCAUUUGCAGAAUGGCUAUAGUCAUCAUGAUUUUUGUCAAUUAUGGGGGAGGUAGCUACUGGUUCUUUGCUCAUUCAACAUGGAAUGGAGUUACUGUGGCUGACUUGGCCUUCCCAUGGUAGGAUACUUGAACACUUAUGACAGCAAAAUCAGUCACUAACAGAAUGUUCUAACAUCUGUAACAAUGCUAAAUGCUAAAUCAUUUAAGCGAAACGAAUUAUUUUAAAAUGUGUUAUAAUAAUUGUUGUUUUAAGUAUACAAAAAAAUGGACAACAUCUAAUGACAAUCCAUUAAAAAUAAAUUUUAAAUUAACAAAUUGGGCAAUUUCUUUCUUUAUUGUCUGCAAUGAGGAAUGAGUAAUACUUCUUUUAGUUUGGAAAUGAUAAUAAGGGAGAGAGGGUGCAAUCAGGUCAGAUAGAAGGAAACAAGUGAAACAAAGUAUGGUGAAAACUGAAAAAAAAAGGCAGCAACAAUACAAUAUCAGCAAAAAGGCUUCAGCCAGAAGCCUUUUUCAGUGAACAAACAACAGUAAAAACAAUAUAAAAAUUAAAAUAAACACAUAGCUGCAAUUUAGUAUCCCAGAGGACAGCGAGAGGAAUAGUUUGGAAUAGCUGCCAACAUUUUUGGUGAUUUUUCUUUUGUUGCUUUUUGCCUAGUGUAAAAUUAAGGUUUUGAAUUAUUAACUAAUGGACAUAUUAAAAUCUGCUUUAAGCAAUUUGAAACACAUGGUAAGACACUUUUUUUUUCUCCAUAACCUCUCAACAAUAUAUAGUUUUAAAUUAAUUGUAACUUGUUGUUUUGAUCGUGUUAAACAAAAUGGAAAAAUGUAUAUAAACAUUGAUUCAAGAAGUGGAAUCAUAAGGCCUUCUUCUAUUGAUUUUUUUUCCUUUUUUUUUCUCCAAAGCCAUUUUAUAUUAACUGUAUUAUAAAUAAAAGUCAUGACUAAAUACAUUUGUUGUUAAGUGCAAUUUCCCAUUCUUUAUCCUAAGACAUAAAUUAAUAAUUUAUAACUAAAAUUUAUAACAAACCAUAAUUAUUAAUUAAAAUAAUUAACUCUCUCUAACGUAUAUUUAAAAAAAUUACAUAUCACUUUUAAUAGCUAACCUUUAUUGUAUUUAAAACGAUAAAUAUAUGUUAUAUUCUUACAUACACAUGUAAUCCUAUAUUUGAAGGUUUGUGUUCAUCAUGGGGACGGCGAUUGCGUUCAGCUUUCAAGGUCAGCUGAGACGCAACAUUCCGAGGUGGAAGAUUUUCUUAAGGAUUCUCAAACGUACGGCAACACUAUUUCUUCUGGGACUGUUGAUAAACUCAUUUGGGGUGGGUUCUGGUGAGUUAUAUCUAAUUAAAAGACACAUAAUUAUGUUUUAAAACAAUGCUUUGUUAAUGACAAAAGAACAAUCCUGCAAAAAGACUUUUUCCAGCAGACAAUAGAGGUGCAAAAAUAUAUAUGUGUGUGUGUGUUUAUAUAUUUAUAUUAAUACAGUGGCAAAACUGGGUCUAAAGGUAUUAAUUGCCUGGAGAAAUAAAAAUUCAUUCAAAAAUAAAAUUUAGUUUCGUAAAUAAUUUUUUAAAAUGGAUAAAUCUAUGAGCAGAAAGUGCAAUAAAUUUUUUAUAAAAAAGAAUGCAUGUUUAAUUGAAAAUGCCAUCGUAAUUGUGUUAUGCUGAUUAUUGGAGGUAUUCAUUAGAUACCAAAUUUAAGUACAAAUUCCAAAAUAUACAAGUAAAUAAAUGCAGGCAACUUUAAAGCUUUAACGAUUAUGGUGAACAAGACAAAAGGGUGAUCUAUCCGCCCAAUAUUAGAAGCCUCAAGAUGAUUAUCAUUAUUAUUAUUAUUGUGGUCUUAUAUAGCCUAAGAUUGGCUUGCUGGUCUUCAUACCAGCUAAUCUGAUUGCUUCUUGCAUUUCUUGCUCAUCUCACCAUUUUAAUGGUGGCUUCCAUUGAUAGUUUACUGUGUUCUGCCCUUUUAUAUGAAUUUUUUUUUUUUACAUAGUGACCCCUAUAAAUGCUUAAAAAUAUGUGACUUUGAAAUAUGCCAGUAGGCACAGAGGAAUAUUUUAUGUAGUUUUUCACAUUGAAUCUCAUUCAAAUAUGGGCAAGGGCCUACUUAGGCUUCAACUAUCAUAAAAUUUAACACAUUCUGCAAGUAAUACAAUGUUAUUCUAAGUGUCAACAAAAAGUGCAUGCAUAAAUUGGCUAAUCAGGAUACCGGUAUCUCAUUUGCAUAAAUGUUGAGCUUUGAGUUUCAUUCAUAAAGAACAAAUUAUUUCAUCCUAUACCCUACAAGAAUAUAUAUAGUUUUAUAUUUGUCAAGGGAUUAGUUCAUUUUUAUAAUUUUUUUGCAAAGUAAGUGCAGGGCUUGUGCCAAGGGCUCCAUCUUUUCGGCACAGACACUCCAAUAGGAUUUGAAUUUUUUUUUAAACGCUUUAUGAUUUUUUUAUUUUAUUUUUUUGUAUCAAAAUUGAUUAAUCUUUUAUCACUUUUAGCAUCUCAUGGUGUAUGAGAUACAACCAUUCUGGCCACUUUCAGCAUGUCAUGGUCUAUGAGAUACAACCAUUCUGGCCACUUUCAGCAUCUCAUGGUCUAUGAGAUACAACCAUUCUGGCCACUUGCAGCAUCUCAUGGUCUAUGAGAUACAAACAUUUUGGGGUCAAUUUUAAAGCACUGUGAUGUUACAGUCAAUAAUUCAAAAAGUUCUUGGUCUGCAUCACCAUUGGUUGGCACUUUGAAAGUAAUGGUCUCAUAGACUUCACCAUUGGCUGGCACUACUGAAAGUAAUCUCUCAUAGACACCACCAACACCACCAUUGGCUGGCACUACUGAAAGUAAUCUCUCAUAGACAUCACCAUUGGUUGGCACUACUGAAAGUAAUCUCUCAUAGACAUCAACAUUGGGUGACACUACUGAAAGUAAUCUCCCAUAGACAUCACAAUAAAGCACUUAAACUAAAUAAUAUUCUAAAUGGAUUAAUUAAUAAAUUUAUUCCGUUGAAUCAAGCUCAAUAUUAUUAUUUUUUUUUGAGAACCUUCAUGACGAAUUCUUUCAUGCAUUUUUGUUUCAUUAGUUGGAUUAUAAUGUUGGUAGCUGUUUAUACAGCCCUGUUACGAGCCAAUCCCCCCGUUAUUUGAUUUCUAAUCUCUUUUAAUUUGUAAAGUGUAAACAUCUGUGAGAAGUGCAAGUGUAACAGCCAUGUUCUUACAGAACUCCCAGCUGGAAUUGUAUUUACCUUUCUUUUAUACUGGUCACCACGUUUUGUGGACACAUGUUUUUUAAAUAUUUAUAGUGCCAAUUCUUGGCAGUGCUACCAGGCAAGUAGUCCUCAAUUUCUAUUUUGCAGGUGUAAACUUUGAUACAUUCCGCAUACCAGGCGUGUUGCAGAGAUUUGCUGGUACAUAUCUGAUCACCGCGACCUUAUUCUUAUACUUGGCGCCAGCUAACAACCCUAGUCAGGUAUGGUGAAAGUUAAAUAUGUUGAAUUUCCCAGUUACAAGUGAUCAAGUGGGAAAAAAAAAAAGGGGGGGGGGGGGGCAUUUGUAAAAUAAGUGAUAUUAUUUAAACUUUUUAUUCUUAUAUUAAUAAGUCCUUUGGGGAUGAAAGUUUCUUUUAAAAUUUCGGUUUAAUUUCUCCUCACAAUUUUACGUUUAAUAUACCGGGAGCAAGCCCAACAUGAUCGAAAACUUGACAACAUUUGUUUAAUUUAUCAUUUUUGUACUUGGCAUCUAAAACCUAGCCAGUUUUAAUAUUGCCAUAAAACUUAGCUGCCCAUUUAUGAAGUGCAAGUGGCAAAGCAGAUAAUUUGUAUUAUAAAAAGGGAGAAAGACUAUGUUAUUAUGGUUUGCGCUUCCAUAAUUUUAAUGUGAAAUAAAAGUUAAAAGAGAAAAUUAAUAAGAUUAUGUUGGAGAUUAUUUGAAGGAAACUGAGACUCAUAUACUCAUAUUUAUACAUAUUUCUUUUUUUCAAGAAUCUAUUUUAAAUUUUCAGUACAUCCGCCUGGCACCAUUUCGAGACAUCAUUAUGUAUUGGCCAGAAUGGUUUGUCAACUUGGCAUUUAUUGCACUGCACACAGCUAUCACAUUUGCCAUGCCGGUUCCAGGAUGUCCCAGGUCGGCUCCAGCUUCAGUUAUAAAACCCACUCACUAUAGGGUGUAAUGAAUUAACAACAUAAUCAAUAGUUUGAGAUUAUAAUUUAAGAAUCUAGAUCAACAGAUUUUCAGCCCGUGUGUCACGCCAUAUGGGUGUGUUGCAGGAAUGCGUAUGUGUCACAAGCUUUGUUAUAGAUUAAUAAAAUGCAAAGUGAAAAACAUUUGUGGGAAUUAUACCCAAAAAUUUAAUGGAUAAUAAAAUAAUCCAUAUAAUAAUUGUAUCCUUGGAUGCUGCACUUCACCGAAUAGCCUAUAAAUUAAAAAGGCAAAAAAACUUGAAUGCUGUGUCAACAGAACGUAGACAAUUAGUCCUAGUGUGCCGUAAGAUGAAAAAGGUUGAGAAUAGCUAUCUAGAUGUGUUAAAUGAACUUACUUUACUAUGUGUAUUUGUAAAGCUUGUAACUGUAUGUUUUUGGAUACUCCACAGGGGAUACAUUGGUCCAGGCGGGUUGGAACAAGGUGGAAAAUAUUUCAACUGUACCGGGGGUGCAGCAGGCUACAUUGAUCGCAAGUUUUUUGGAGACUCUCAUAUUUAUCAAAGCCCUACGUCCCAGGUGAUUAUUUCUGCCCACGAGUUGUUCAUUUAAGUAUUCUUAACUCUGAAACCAUAAAAAAUUUGGAUUCAUUAAAUGGUAUUGUCAGUAGCUGCCGAAUGCAUAAGGCAUCUUCUUUUCUGCACUGUCUAGUUAGCACAUAAACAAUGGGAUUAAAAUAAAGUGUAAAAACUGGUCUGAUUGCAGGAAAUUUAUCAAAGUCAAGUGCCUUAUGACCCCGAGGGUCUGCUAGGCACUGUCAAUUCUUGUGUUCUUUGCUUCUUGGGACUCCAGGUUUGAGCUUUGUUUUUGUCCCCUAACUAUAACUAGUUUAAAUAAUUAAUAAUUAGUAUGUUUUAUAUUUUUAGUUUUAUAUAAUUAAUAAUUAGUGUGUUUUUUUAUUGCUGGAUUCGUGACUAUACAGCCAUGUACCCAAUGGAUUUGUGACUGUACAGCCAAUAUGACUAUUGGAUUUGUGACUGUACAGCCAAUAUGACUAUUGGAUUUGUGACUGUACAGCCAAUAUGACCACUAAAUUUGCUACUGUACUGUGUGUUGCACACAUAAUGUGAACUUUUGAGCUAAAAGAAAUUCAUACAAGUGUAACCCAUUUAUAUUUUAGUGCUAUUUAUUAGACUCAGUCAGUUGAUGAACAUGCUUAGUACAGAGGUGAUGUGGAUUAGUCUACAUAUUCUCUUAUAGUUGAGCUAUUAUUAAGUAUGUCUCUUUUUGGAUAGUUUACAUUUUAUCAUGUGGAUAUCUUUAAGUCUGAUUUUUAUGACAAUCUCAGUGACAAACUUCAAUGCAGUACAGUACAAGCUAAUUUAAUUUUUUUUAUUGCUUUAAAAAUCUUUUAACUGGUACACAAUGUGUAUUUAUUGAGAUCUAAAUUAUAAACAAAUACACUAUAAAAUAAAUUAUGAGGAAUAUUAUGUAAAAAGGUAAUCCAUGUAGUAUUAUUAAAUAUGAUCUGAAAUUAAGUAUUGAGAGAGAAAACUAAAUUUGAUUUGUUGAUUUAUUAAUUACUUAAUUUAGUAAAUUUUGCUUUUCUGGAUGUUAGGCAGGAAAGAUAUUAUUUAUUCAUACCGACUGGGUGAAGAGGUGCCAUAGAUUUCUCAUCUGGAGUAUUUUUCUGGUAAGACAUUAUAUUAUCAUGAAACUAUAUUAUUGUUUCCUGAAUUAAAUAAAAUUGUAUUCCAUACAUGUGCAUCAUAACACUGAAAAAGUUAAUGAUGACUCUCAAAAAUUCAAAAGUUAAAUCUGAUGGUAAAUCAAAUUUACCCAAACUACCCAUCUAUUAUGCUGGUAUCACCACCUGCAAUGGACAGCAAUUACAACAUGAAUGUCCUUCAAAUGCAAGGUUCUCAUUAACUUAAAUUUACAUAUGUUUUAAUUUCAGCCUGCUUACUUUUAAUUAUUCCAUUUUUCCUUUGCCAGAUUGGCCUAGGAACUUUGCUUUGUAAGGCAUCAUUAAAUGAAGGCUGGAUUCCCAUCAACAAAAACUUAUGGUAUGUUCAGCUCUUCUAUUGUCACUGUCAAACAUUUUAACACAACUGCAUUGAUUACAUUAUACGUUCAUAUCUUCUCUUGUCACUGUCACACAUUUUAUUUUUAUCACAACUAAAUUGAUGUAAUUAUAUGUUCAUCUCUUCUCUUGUCUCUAACAUUUUAUCACAACUACACAUUGAUUGAAUUAUAAAUCAGUCAGGUUUAAUUUUAACCUUGUAAAAGAAUAGUAUUAUUAGUAUCCAUUGAAACAUUUAUUGAAUUUUAUUACUGACUGGUAGAUGGAUAUCUUUUUUUAUAUUGCACCAGUUAUUCACCAAUUCCAAGUGCAUUACCAUGACUGGAAAUAUUUAUUGCUAUUCCAGGUCUCUUUCUUUUGUAUUUAUUCUGUCUGGAAUGGCCUUCUUCCUGCUCAUGGUGUGCUACAUUUUAAUAGAUGUAUACAAAAUUUGGGGGGGAGAACCAUUCUAUUUUGCAGGUAACCCUUCUGUUUUACUUAGUUAUUUUACAUUCUUUUAAAGUUAAUUCCUCACCCAGAGGGCAGUAGGGCAUAAAUGAUGUCUUUGGGGUCAGAACACAUAGUGUAAAAAAUAAUUCUUUAAUCAGCAUCACUAAAUACAGUUGCUUAAAAAUGUAUCUGAUCAUCUACCAACAAUAAAAAUUAUUUUAAGUACUGAUACUUUGCAUUUCUAGUCUGGUAUUCUGUACAUAGUAUGCAAACAUAUUUAUGGAUAUUUGGAGUAAUUGCAUUAAUAAUUAGUGGGACACUGUUGUUUAUUGUUGUAAAGGCUGACAAAGUGACAAGAUUGGGGUUUUUUUUUAGGUUUUUUACUCUAAAACCCUAGCCAAUAAUUCAUUGACAUUUUCACCUAGGUAUGAACUCCAUUGCUUUGUACUGUGGCCAUGAAUUCUUCUCCGGUAGAGCACCCGUCUCAUUUGUGGUCCCUGACACACAUGCAUCGUAUUUGACCCUCAAUAUAUGGGGAACUACAUUUUGGCUACUAGUGUCUGUUUACUUUUACUUCAAGAAUAUCUUCAUUUCCGUAUAAGAGUUGUUUUUUCAUUGAAGAUAUAUCAUGGUCCUCCAUUGACUUAUUUCCAGUUUAAUGGUUUGAAGCAAAUGUUAUUUUUAUUUUAUAAUUCAAAGAAAAUAUUUAUGAAGACAGUAUGUACAUUACAAUGACACUGCUUUUGUUAUUGUUUAACUGGCAAUAUGGUUAAUAUUUUAAAUCUUUCAACUGGCACUGAUGAAAUUAAACUUUAAAAAUUAAAAUUGAAACUAUGUUUAUUACUCUUAAUAAUAAUAACUCAUUUUAAUCUCACAGUGCUAUGAAGCCUAAUUUAUGUCAUAGAUUUCUGCAUAUCAAUUCAUGAUGGUGGACAAUGACUGUUUACUUAUAUUCAUAUAAUUCAUCUGGGGAUACUGUAAUGGGAAUUUAAAAUUAUUCUAAUCCACCAAUGCAAGGUUGAUUUUUAAUGAAUUUUUACACUAUUAGUACUAUUAGGCAACUGUUCUUUUUCUUUGCCAUGAAUUUAUUUUUUAAUCCGUGCCAUCAAUUAACUGUUUUCAUAUCUUUUUCUCAUAAAUGUCUUAAACUAUAAUUUGGGUGACAUAUUGUAUUGAUUCACUUCAUCUUGGUAUUGAUUUACAGCACGUGUGGCCUAGUUUAUAUAAACAAAGUGCAGGCCAAAAUGGAUAUGUAGAGUGUCUUAGAUAAAUGGUUUUUAAAUUAUUUCAAAAUGUACUAAAUGAUAAUUAUGGUAAAUUAUAAAAAUGGUUAUUAUAUAUUUAUUAUGCUGUUAUAUUUAUUAUGCUGUUGUGUUGAGAAUUUGCUUUGGUUUUAAAACUGCAGUCAUUAUCAUGUUAUGCAUGCCAUGUUCAUAAACUCAAUGAAUACGCACUAUCUAAAAUUGUAGAUUUCAUAUAAAAACUUUCAAGUUCAUUAUAGCCUUAUUUGUUGCCAUUAUCAGAGUUGUGUGAAGUAAAAGUGCGUGUCUUAAUAAAACUAAAGAAAUCUGUAUGUGUGGGUAAUAAUCCAUUAUCACUAGCAAUCCUUCAUAAACACCGUGCACAGGAAUUUCUAAGGAAGGGAAUAAAACAACUCUUUAUUAUAUCAAAAGUUUUAUAUUUAAAAAAAUGGCAUUUCAGCCUCCCCGCAGCGACAGAUAAACCAUUAUUAAUAAUAUGUACAGUGCAUUCAUGUAUUCAAGCUACACUGAUCAAUUAAUUAUCAAACAAACCAAGGUUGAGAUGUUGGGACCUCCGAAAUGAAUAUAAAUCAGGUAUUUGUACCUUGAAAGCAAUUGAUACACAUUGCCUUCACCAUGGUUGCUAAAGAGGUAGACACUAGUAGUUUACCCACUAAUAAAAAAAAUAAAAAAGUUCUUUAUGUUAAGUUACAUAAGUUGUAGGCUUACAUGACAGCAAUCUGUAGUUGUUCUUUGUAGCUAGCAUAUGACCUCUAUUGCUAGCCUGACAAAUGAAUCAGGGGAAACCUAAUUCAAGAGCGACCAUCCCGCCAUCCCCUCACUUUGAGGCCUCAGUUUUCAACAAGAUGUUAGCAGCAAAGACUUGAUCCAAAUGCAUUGCUUCCUUCCGUGCUAGUCAAAGUUAUAAUGCAAGUACAUAACUAAUACAACUAAAGAAAAAAGUAAAUAACCUCAAAUUAUUGAAAUGGUAAAAAAAAUUCAAAUGAAAUUAUUCACUGAAAAAUGUGAUCAUUUUCAAGACCAAAGUUACAGAACCAAAUCUAACUUGGUUUAAAAAAACAACUUAUGCAAUCAGUAGGCAUUAUUUUUUAAUCCUUUAUUUAUUCUGCAUAUUGAUUUUGAAUUAUUUAGCUUCUUGAUUGGGUAAUGAUAAAAAUAAUUAUUUGUUCAUUAUUGUCCUUAUAAUUUAUAAGCACAGAAUAAAAGGAUAUAUUUUAAAUGGUCAAGACAUUAUAUCACAUGAUUAACUACAAUCCUUUUUUUUUGUGUGCCUCAUUCAUAAAAAAUCUCAUUUAUCAUAGUUAAAACUUGAUUACACCAUGAUUAAACUCAAUGAAAGAAUGUGUGUUCUGCAUAGAAAAAUUAUGAUCAUGCAAAAACUUUAAUAUCACCAAAUUUCAAGCUUUUGACGGAACAUCAAAGUCAGUGAAUAAAGAAAUAUCCAAAAUAAAAAGUACACAUGAUCAACAAUUAAAUUAAACCAGAAAAAAAAAAGAAAAAAAAGAAGGCCAUCAAUCAUCAAUGAUAAAUAUUCUUCAAAAGACAUUUUUAAGUAUUCCUUAAUCAAAGCUUUGUGUAUAGUUGGUGUGUUUUUCCAUGUUUUUAUUUGCUAGUUUCAAUUAAAAAAAACAAUUUCUUCUAAAAUGAAAAAAAAUUUAAAAAUCGGGAAGUAAAAUUAUUUAAGAACUUUAAUUACGGUACUUUCAGUGUUUGUAAUUGUAAUUAUAAAAUUUGGAGGACUACUUCGGAGGACUUGAAGGACUUCCAAAAAAUAUAUAUUUUAAUCAAGUAUCAAAAUAAUUAUAAAAAUAGACAUCAAUCCAAAGCAUGUUAUAUUGAACAGUGACAAAGCUGAAGCAUUAUUCCUCACAGAUCUGUACACUCACUUUGUGAUAAAAUGAUAGACUUUUAUGAGCAGCACUGUUGGAGAAACUUUAAACAAGUCUCGGGAAUAACUUUAUUUACUACAUUUGUCUUUUGAACAAAAAUUCUUUUUGUAUUUUUCUCUUUUCUUUGACAAUGUUCUGUCACUCUGCAAGACACACAGUUUUGUCAUUUUUGGAACAUCUUUUUACAUACCAUUAGCUUUUGAGAACUCACAAAACUGUUAAGUUCACAAGCACGUUGAAUAUGGUAACUGGGCGACAUAUGUAACACACUUUUUCCCCCUCAAAAUAUGCCUAAAAUAUGAGCUGUGUCUUAUGUGCUGGCAAUGUAGAAUUUUUUUUCUCACGCCAGCAUGUACAGUACAUAUUUUAUAAACAAAAAAUAAUAAAACAGCAUAUUAAUAUAAGAAAAUAUUCCUCCUUUCAUCCAGGCAGGGUCCCAAUUAUUACUAUAAUAAAAAGAGAAGUUCCUGGGUUGUAUUUAACAAUCCCACUACUCAACAAGGCAAGAAAAGUGCCUCCCUCGCAUUGUGACCACUUUCAAUGACUCACCAAGUAUAUAUCACAGUGGUGCAGGAAUUAUUUUAAUAGUGUAUAGGUCAAGUUUAGACAGCCCCAAUCUGUAACUUAAAGUUACUUAACAAGAAAAGGAGAGAAAGAUAUCGCAGUUGAUAUAGGCCACGACAGAUUUUCAGCCCACUGGUCCAUUAGUUUGAGUCAUACAAACAAUGACAUGAUUGACAAAA